ACACACUACUGAAACACUAUCUCACUCUCCCUACUUUCUGUCUCUGUGGAACACAUCUGAAGAUCAGGAUGCUAUGUUGUAGAGUGUGUGUCCUGGCUGUGCUGUUAUCUCUUCUCAUCCUCAUCCCCUCCACACAAUCAGCACAUUGCUGUCUGAAGUACACUCGUCGUCCAUUGCAAUGCCGACGUCUGAAAAACUACACCCACCAGCCCAUUACUUCCUCCUGUGACAUCCACGCUGUCAUCUUCCACACUUGGAUGGACAAGUUUGUGUGUGCCGACCCCUCUCAAGACUGGACCAAGAGGGUACAACGCUGCCUGCUCAAGCGUCAGGAGAAUAAAACUAAACUGAAGAAAACUCUCUGAUAUCAUGACCAGGAGAUGAUGUGGAGAGGGUUUCAUGACCUGGAGAUGAUGUGGAGAGGGUUUCAUGACCAGGAGAUGAUGUGGAGAGGGUUUCAUGAC